AUGGCUGGGUUAAAGUUAUUCUUGACCAAAGCAAUUUAUGGGGUUGCCAUGCCAAAAGGCUACCUUGAGCUGACCCUGAAUCCAAGGGACCGUGAGACAGGUCACGCUCCUGCAAGCAGCUUUAACUGUGACAUCAUCCUGAGACCCGAUUUAUCAACGUUCCGGAUCUUACCGUGGGUGGAACAAACAGCAAGAGUGAUCUGCGAUCCCUUUAUGGUGAUGGGCAACCCUCUCUUGACCUCGCCCCGGCACAUUGCCAAGCAGCAGUUGAAUCAGCUCCGGGAAAACGGCUUUGCGCUGUAUUCUGCCUUCACGUACGAAUUCUGCGUCUACGGCAUUGCUGAAAUUGUCAACUCAAAGACAAUAUCUUUUCCCGCUGCCACCCUACUCAGCAACCACGACCAGUCCUUCAUCCAGGAACUCAUGGAUGGCAUGUACCACGCUGGGGCAAACACCGAAAGCUUCUCAUCCUCGGCUGGGCCUGGCCAGAUGGAGAUCUCUUUUCACCCAGAGUUUGGGCUUGGUGCCGCGGACAGUGCUUUCACUUUCCGGACAGGCAUUAAAGAGGUAGCCAAAAAGUACAAUUAUAUCGCCAGUUUUUUCACCGAGGAUGGAUUCUAUAAUUCUGGCAUUCUGACCCACAGCCUUUGGGACAGCAAUAGACAGCAUAAUUUAUUUGCUUCUGAAGCCCCAGACCUAACUGAGAUAGGGAAGAAUUGGAUGGCCGGGUUACUGACGCAUUCUGCAGCUCUGAGCUGCCUGAUGGCCCCCACCGUCACCUGCCGCAAAGCCUAUAGCGGGUGUGGCAAAGGCUCCAAGGAAGCUGUGGUUGCCAAGGGAGCAUGGAAUGACAACAGCUGUGCGUUUAACAUCCAAAAUCAUGGUGACAAGGGAACCUGGAUAGAAAACCAACUGGGCUCAGCCACAGCCAACCCUUACCUGGUGCUCUCGGCUACAAUCGCAGCCGGUCUGGAUGGGGUAAAGAGAAAGCUUACGUUCCAGGAGACCUCAGGGAAGAUCCAGAGCUCCACUCUGCCGAAAGCAGGCCUGAUCCCUCUGAAGCUGGAAGACGCUCUUGUGGCUCUCCAGGAAGAUGAGUGCAUCAGGGAAGCGCUGGGGGAUUAUUUUGUCCAGUACUUUAUCAACAUAAAGCAGUAUGAGGUGGAAACUGAGGAACUGGAUGUGGAAAGGAAUAAAUUUUUGGAAUAUUUUAUCUAG